CAAGAAAAAUGAAAUAAACCAUGAGCUUAUUAACAAUUUUGGGACACAGAUUGUCUAGGCUCAUGAUAAGAUAAGCCAAUAGAUAGGUUGAGGCUGGGACCAAAUCACACAAGUUAAAGAGCAUCAAACGAUCAUGGGGAUGGAGGAUGAAAUCAAGAGAUUAAUCAAGGUAUUCCUCUCCAUCUUGGCCUCUCUUUGCUACACCUAUUUCAUAGCUUCUAAGAUUCCCAAAGGCAAACUCAGGUUCUUCUCUCUCCUCCCCAUCUUCUGCCUCUUCACCAUCCUCCCUCUCUCUCUCUCCACUGCCCUCCCUGCUGGAGUUAUUGCCUUGUUCAUCACCUGGCUUGGUAGCUUCAAGCUCCUCCUGUUCUCCUUUGGUCUGGGCCCACUUUCAUCUGGCCCACCACUAAACUCCCUCCUCCUCUUCAUCUUCACCACUUGUCUCCCAAUCAAGGCAAAGCAAGAUGGACAACACCACCACCAAAUUGCUCCAAACCACAAGACACCUCAAAACCCUAAAUUGCCUCUCAAUUUGCCAACCAAAGUCUUGCUUUUUGGCAUAUUGGUUGCUCUAACUGACUUCACAAAAUAUGUGCACCCCAACAUUUUAUUAGCCCAGUAUUGCUGCAUGUUGUAUCUUUUUGUGGACAUAAUAGUAGGCUUGAGCAAUGCUACCAUGCGAGCCCUUCUUGGCAUGCAACUCGAAUCACCGUCCAAUGAGCCUUACCUUUCAACUUCGCUACAAGAUUUCUGGGGCCGGAGGUGGAACCUCAUGGUAACAAAUACACUGCGUCACACCGUACAUAAGCCCAUGCGGUCGGCUAUGGAGACCUUCUUGGGGCCUAAGUGGGCCCCGCUGCCGGCCGUCUUGGCAGCCUUUUUAGUAUCCGGUCUGAUGCACGAGCUCAUAUUUUUCUUCAUGACACGUGUGCCUCCCACGUGGGAAGUGACGUGGUAUUUUGUUCUCCAUGGGAUGUGUUUGGUGGUGGAGUUUGGUGUGAAGAGAGCGUUAAGUGGUGGAAGGUGGCAGCUGCAUUGGAUUGUGUCAACGCCAUUGACCAUCGUGUUUGUGGUGGUGACCGCGACUUGGCUGUUCUUUCCACCGUUAGUGAGGAACGGCGUGGACGCAAGAGCUAUUGAAGAGUGCAAGGAAUUGGUAGAAUUUAUGAAGGAAAAGUUAAAAUGGGAUGGUCUGCACAAAAUUUAAGCGCUCUUGUUGCUUUAAUUGUUUGUACUCAUGUGUUUAAAAUUGUUUAUUUUGAGGCUAAACUGGUGAUUAGCUCCCGGAAUUUGUACUUAACUUUCAAUUGAUUUCAUAUCCUUUUUUUUAGAAAAUUAAGGAUAUGAACUUUUUUUCUUCGCCAAUUUCCGUCUGUCGUAUAAAUCCUCAACAUUUCAAUAAUCCUAUUUUAGAGAAUUAA